GAAGCCGAGGCGAGCCCGACGGCCUCUCCUCCCUGUGGUGACAUUUUCCCUCCUGCCGGGCCGGAGACCAGGAGGCGUGAGGCGGAGGGAGGGAGGAAGUCGGUGGGGGGGACCCCCAUGCUCGCUCUGGCCUCCCCCGCUGGGCCCGAGGCCCGGAAAGGCGGCGUCUCUGGCGCUGUGAAUUUAACAAUGGAGCGACACAGUCAGAACGGCAAGCUCGGAUGCUCGAGCCGUCUGUCCGCAGAACAGGUACAGCAGUGACAGCCCUAGUUGAAGGGUCACUUUCCUGCUGAAUCCCUAGGCUAGUCCGCUCCAUCCACUUAAACUCCGUGCCCCAUGAUUUGAGACCAGGAGAGACUCGGGAACACUGAAAUGAAGAUGGAGGCGGCAGACAAAGUAGAAGAACUCAUUGGCCCAGAGGCCCCCCCGAAACUCUUGGAGAAACAAGAGGCGGCAGCUCUGGGCGAAGAGGGGCCUCUAGAACUAGAAAUGCCCACUCAGAAAGAGAGUGAAGCUGUCGCCGAGGAUUCCACGGUGCUCGCCUCGAUGCCCUGCCUGCUGAUGGAACUGAGGCGGGACUCGUCCGAAUCACAGCUCGCGUCCACGGAGAGCGACAAGCCAGCCGCCGGCCGCGUCUACGAAAGCGACUCUUCCAACCACUGCAUGCUGUCGCCUUCUUCCAGCGGGCACUUGGCCGACUCCGACACCCUGUCUUCCGCCGAGGAGCGUGCGCCUAGCCGAGCUGAAGCCGCCGCCGAGGGCGAGGCCGCGGCGGUCCCGGGCUCAGCCGUCGGAAGGAAAUCCCGGCGGUCCCGGUCGGAGAGCGAAACCUCCACCAUGGCGGCCAAGAAGAACCGGCAGUCGAGCGAGAAGCAGAACGGCCGCGUCGCCAAGGUCAAAGGCCACCGGAGCCAGAAGCACAAGGAGCGGAUCCGGUUGCUGAGGCAGAAGCGGGAGGCGGCCGCCCGCAAGAAGUACAACCUGCUGCAGGACAGCAGCACCAGCGACAGCGACCUGACCUGCGACUCGAGCACCAGCUCGUCGGACGACGACGAAGAAGUUUCCGGGAGCAGCAAGACAAUCACUGCGGAGAUACCAGAUGGACCGCCGGUCGUGCCUCAUUACGAUAUCUCGGACACAAACUCUGACCCCGAAGUGGUGAACGUGGACAAUCUUUUGGCAGCUGCGGUCGUUCAAGAGCACAACAGCUUGGUCAUUAGCAAGGAGACCGGGCCCGCUUGGAGGACGAGAGGGCUCCUAAAGGAACUGAAUACUGAGGCAGACCGCUUGGAUGCAGGGGUCCCGGCAGGCGACAAAACCGCAACCAGCACCACCCAGGGCAACGAGGAAAUCAAUCUCGCCUCUUCCGACAGCGAAGUGGAGAUCGUGGGAGUUCAGGAACAUGCAAGGUGUGUCCAUCCUCGGGGAGGAGUGAUUCAAAGCGUGUCUUCCCGAAAACUCGGCUCAGGUCUGCAGUGCACCCGGCAACCGGAACGAUGGACAGGUGUGCCCGCUCCGCAGAACUGGUCUUCACCGCCGGAAGUGGUGGAUCUCACGUUAGACGAAGACAGCAGACGCAAAUAUCUACUGUAAUGCAACUUCACUGUGUUUUUAGUCUUUUAGCCCCACCCCCCCUUCCCUUUUGUGGUGCAGAAGUUCACACCUCUGCUCUAAGCAUUCUGGAAUUCAGGCUCUCGCUGGAAAGAUCCCCCUUCUCCCCGGACCCCAUUGAAAUGACAGUCUCGUUUCAGAACUUUUCUUGAAAUAACCAAACCCGCCCCCCCUUCCUUAGUCGAGGGGAACUUCCCCCUUACGAUGAAAACCUGAAUGGCACUAAACUUCCAGUGACAACUUCCAAG